GUCAGAAACGAACCUCCUGUCGAAACCACGAUGUACAUACAUGUGUACAUGUAUACAUAUCAUUUCGUGUAACCUAAAACUUAAAACUGAUUUUCCGCGUAUUAUUCCUGCGUGAACAGAGGAAUCAUUUCAGAAACAGAAAUAUUUUAUAAAUUAAACUAUCUGUCCGCAUCCAAGAAAAUGGUAUUUUUAACUGCUCAAUUGUUCCCAAGAUCUCGAGGCCCAGAUGAAUUUUGGCGAAAACGACAAAUAUUUAAACUAGCUGCUCACUACAUCGGCAGAAAAAGAAACUGUUACAGCAUAGCUAUCAGAAAUGUACACAGGGCAUUGUUAAACUCAACAAUUGGAAGACAACUUAAAAAGGACGAUAUGAAAGAGCUUUGGGAAACAAGAAUAGAAGCUGCUAGUAAUGAACAUGGCAUUAAUUUGAGAACAUUGAUCGAAGGAUUGACCAGGUGUAAUAUUUUACUGAAUCGCAAAUCUCUAGCAACUCUAGCCGUAUGGGAACCACGAACGUUUAAAAGUUUAUCAGGCAUUGCUCACGCAAAAGUAAAUAUAGGAGAUAUUACAAAGAUCGCGAAUAAGCCUAUGCCUGAAAGAGUUUUAACCAAGGGAUUAGUAGACGAUUAAGUAAACAGAUUUAAUUGUAACAUUUAUUAUGCUGCGGAUAAUUAAAUAUUUACACGAAACGUAUACUCUGAAAACUCUUUAGAUAAAGAACAGAAUAAAAUAUCAUUAUCUGCAAUUUA